AUGCCCUGUGAAGCUUGGCAAGGAGAAAUUCCAGCAAUUAAAGGAGAGAUCAUCACCAUUAUUAUCUGGGUACUGAACCUAUUCAGACCAGGAGCUGGCACUUUCGUCAGCAGCUGUCUUGGAGACAAGCACUGCAUUUCAAGUCAGGUCAUCGUCGCAAUCCUCCAGAUGCUUACUGCCUUCUGCAUUGUCGGAUGGGUCUGGUCCAUCUGGUGGGGAGCCUUGAUCUACAAGAAGCAUUCCAAGUAAACAACGGCCGGAGAUAAGUUCUAUUAGUUCUUAGAUUUACUUAUA